AUGGAAUAUACACAACACACGACUAAUCGAUUUGUUGAUAUCAAGUUUUAUGAAGAAAAACUUUCGCCUGUAUGUGGUUAUUGGAACGAGAAACUCAUACCACUCGAAGAGGCCCUGAAGUUCCUUAGAUCUCGUAUGAACGAACUACAGAAAUAUAUUGAAACGGCCAAAAACAAUUGUCAUUUUCCAUCAGAGCAUGGCCUUACUCAUGAUGAAUCAGCAGCUCUGUUUUUAUACGCAACGGAAGAAAACGUCAAUAGUUUGAACAGAAUGCUGAAUCAAACACUGCGAUCGAGCGAUCGUUCUAGUGUGAAACCUUGGUUUCCUUACCUAAAACUGCUUGAUACGGCUGUCGCUAAAUUACCUACCGUUAGAAAAAAUGUUUGGCGAGCAGUAAUUAACGAUGUUGAUCGAGAUUUCAAGAAAGGUGAAGAGUUUACAUGGUGGACUGUGACGUCAUGCUCAUUAUCAAUGGAUACUGUUGCAAACCAUUUACCUUCUGAAUCAAAAAUAACUCUGAUCUUGAUUGAAGCUAUACAUGGAAAAUAUAUUUCUGGCUAUACAGAACAUCCUGAUGAAGGUGAAGUGUUACUAAUGCCUGGUACUGAAUUACGUGUAGUAUCAGAUUCAUUGGAUUAUUCAGACAGUAUCAAGAUUAUACAUUUAAUGGAAAUAAGUGAAGAUAAUGAUGAACAACUACCAUCGGCUAUAGCUAUUAUGAAAGCAUCAUCGCAAACUGAGGAUGAACCAAAUCGUAAUGGUAUUCGUGAUCAUUCAUUCAUGAUGAUCGUCUAUUAUAGCUUAGUAAAAUUGGGUGUUAAGUUUCAAGCGAAGAGAUUCAUAAAUUCACUAGCAUUAUCUGGGAAUAUGCGACACAAAUAA